CUGACAUCCCACCAUCCCGCGUCCACUGGCGCCCGGCGCCUGCUUGUAGUGUAAAGGACACUCACUACAAGCAGUCCGCAAAGGUCGGCAACACUGUCAUACUUAUUAUUACCCGCUGUCUCAAAAUCGGGCCUGCAGAUCCAGAGUACAUGCCACGACCCGUCCCAUGCAUGAGUCUGACUUUGGGGGCAUGUUGGGCCGCCAGGUGCCCCCCAUCCCCGGAUCUAUGGCCUCGUUGCACAGAGCGGUUUCCCUCGUGGUAAUCUCGUGCCAUGCUUGCUAUAGUACAUACCUCUCUUUGAUGAUUCUUGACGUGGCGCCAGUGCCAGUCACGACACGACCGCGCACCGGCCAAUCGAUUCCCGGCAGAAUGCCUGUCUUUUUCUUAAAAGUGGAAACUGUGGGCUCUCACACCGCGGGGCAUCGCGAUUGCACCAGAUGGACCCUCUUCCCUUCGCGCCUAUUUUUCAACAAACGUCCUAUUGCCGGGGACACCCCAUCCACGUCCCACCGACACAUCGUGCUCUCAAAUUUUCAAAACAACCACUCUCCUGUUGCCCGUUCGGUGACCUUGCAAGCAUCUCCCUCCUGGGCUCACCGUAUUAAAUCUCGUUUGAUCCGGUACAUGUCCUCUCGCGCCUAGAGGCUUGCAUAUACCUCUGGUGCCCGCAUAUCAAGUCAAGUUGUGCAGCUUGCAAAACUUUCUUUCCCUUUAGUGCAUACACCAUCUACCAGUCGUAAAGCGUCUGCAGCAUUGCUUCUUUUGCCAUAUACCCAAAGAUCAGAUCAGGCUCGCCUUCUGAUCCCCCUCGCCUGCGUGCCACGACAGCACACCCUCGUGACAGCACACCACCCAAUCGCCUCAUCCGUCACCUAAGCUGCUGCCCCACAAGACGCAAGAACCCCUUCGGGCACUGACUGUGCUGCCCUGACCUGCAUCUGCAUCUGCAUCUGCACCUACCUAUCUGCAAGACCCGGAGGAUCAAUUUCGUUGCGUCACCUUUAUGGCGAACGACAUUAAAACCCAGGACCUGUCUUCUCUUGACACCUCCUCCGACCACCAGGCCCCCCAGCCCGCGGUCCAACCAGUAUGAGUUUCCCAAAUAACAACAUCAUAUACAGUCCCGCCCGGACAAACGUCGACUACUCCCAGAUCCAGUUCGCGGAUUAUUCAAGUCACGAAGUGCAGGUAGCUGACUACUCCAAGGUUGAGUACCUUCAACUCUCUGACUCCGAUGAGGAGCAGAGUGACGAGGCCAACAAUGCCAAUGGCCAGAAUGGACACACUGCUGAGGCCGGUGAUGUAAACGGCGGAGACGAUCUCGCCUCUCCCACAUCACCUGCCGAGGGCACGACGCCCAUCAGCAGCAAGACGGCCAAGAACAAGGCCAAGAAGGCAAAGCAGAAGGCCAAGGAGAAGGCGAAGAAGGCUGCUGCUCUUUCCGGGGAGUCGACGCCAGUGGACCCCCCAAUGACGCCCGUAUCGCCCACGUCACCCUUUGGCCAGCUCGGUGAGGGCGACCAGGCUGCCACCCCCAAGAGCAAGAGCAAGAAGAAGAAGAAGAAGUCCAAGUCCAAGAACAGCUUGAACUCGGCCCCUACUUCGCCACCGCCAGAGCUCGCCUCGCAAGAGGAGAGCGGCGUCCAGCAGCCUCAGCCCAGCGCUGAGGAGCCGCAAAUCAGCACCCAGGAGAAGGAGCCCGUCUCGGAGCCAGCCCAGGAGCCCAUACCUGCUCCUGAGUCUGUCCCAGAGCCUGCUCAGGAGCCCACUCCCGCGCCUGAGUCCGUCCCAGAACCAGCUCAGGAACCCGUUUCGGAGCCAGCUCAGGAGCCCACACCUGCCCCAGAGCCCGUCCCAGAGCCAGCCCAGGAGCCCACAUCUGCUCCUGAGUCUGUCCCAGAGCCAGCUCAGGAACCCGUUUCGGAGCCUGCUCAGGAGCCCACACCCGCACCUGAGCCGGUCUCUGCUCCCGAGCCGGUCAAUGGCACCGCCGAGGAAGCUCCCGCCGUCCCCGUCGAGGCUGCCAAGGCCGUGGAGCCAGAAACUGCUGCGCAGGACGACUCAAAAUCGGCGGAGGCGUCUGCUGAGCCCGUUGCGGAGACCCCCGCCCCCAGCGCCCCUGAAGCGGCUCCCGAAGCAGUUGAGACCAACGGGGAUGUCUCUGCCCCGGUAGAAAGCAGCAAUGAUAUCGCCGCCCCCGCCCCCGCCGCCGAAGAGAAGCAAGAGGCAGCGCCAGAGCCGGAGCCACAGCCGGCCGCCGCCGAGCCUCUCGAGACGAAGGAGGAGGUGAAGGAGGUGAAGGAGGUGAAGGAGAGCACAGCUGAGACUUCUGAGACGAAGGAGGACGAGACGCCCGCCCCUGCACCUGUUUCUACAGAGACCAGCGAAGCCCCCAAGGAGGUUGAGUUGCCCAAGGAGGUUGAGUUGCCCAAGGAGGUUGAGUUGCCCAAGGAGGUUGAGUUGCCCAAGGAGGUUGAGUUGCCCAAGGAGGUUGACGCCCCUAAGGAGGUUGAGGCUGAGGUCGAGGCUCCCAAAGAGGUCGAGGCUCCCAAAGAGGUCGAGGCUCCCAAAGAGGUCGAGGCUUCCGAGACCAAAGACGACGCUAUUCCCACGAACGACACGCCUAGCCAGCCAAUCGAGGCGAGCCAAGACGUGGGCGCUCAAGACGAGGCUGUUCCUGCUGCUGUCGAAACAAUUGAGCCAGCCAAGGAAUCCGAAAUCGUUCAGGCCCAGGAGUCAAGUGGACCCUCCGCCGACGACACAGCGGACUCGCAACCGCUUUCGAAGGACACUGCAGCCACGGAAGAGGCACCUGCUCCGGCGGAGGACGAAAAGGUAGCCGACGUUGCCGCCUCGAAUCCUACAGAGACCGAAGAACCGUCCGUGUCCGAGCAGGAUGUCUCUAGUAAAGAGGUCGAGGAGGUUGUCGCCCCCACACCCGAGGUCACCGAGCAGCCCGCGCACACGGAAAGCGAGCAGGCGGCGCCAGUCAGCUCCGGAGAGCCCGAAUCUGUCGCGGCGGUGGAGACCCCAUCUGCAGCGCCAACUGAGCAGGCUCAACCAGUUGAUAGCAAGCCAGCUGCCGAAGCCACUCCUGUAGUGAUCGAGGACUCGUCGGAGUCUCCCGCCCCCAAGGAGGAGGUUGCAUCAACCGAGCCAGCACCCGUGCCCGAAUUGGCAGGCUUAGAGUCAAAAGAGUUCUCCCAAGACGAGGUUGCUGAGCCAGAGGCGCCGACAACCGACGAGAAGGAUGACAGCCCACCGGCGCAGGCCGAGGAGGCCUCGUCCCCGGCACCCGCAGAGCCUGAAGCUGCCGUUGAGGAGCCCAAGGAAGACAGCAGCGUGCCAGAACCCGUGGCAAUUCCCGAGAAGAUCGUCGAGAGCCAAGCAUCUGCCCCCGCGGAUGCUCAACAACAGAGCGUCGAGGAGCCAAGCGCGCCGGCAGAAAGCCUCCCCCAGGAGAGCCAAGUCACCGAGAGCGCCCCAGCAAGUGGCGACGCUCCUGUGGCCGCUGAAGUGACCAAGGAGAUCCUGCCAGAAACUACCGCCGCUGCCGUCGAGCCCGCUGCGGAAGUGCACGCUCCUGAGGAGCCCAGCGAGCCCGUAGCCUCUUCCGAGAGCGCACCUGUUGAGGACAAGCCGGUGGUCGAGGAGACGCCUGCGGCUGCAGAGGCUCCUGCCAUCGAGGCCGCGCCCGCGGCUGAGGAGAAGCCCGCGGCUGAGGAGAAGCCCGCGGCUGAGGAGAAGCCCGCGGCUGAGGAGAAGCCCGCGGUUGAAGCUGAAGAGGAAAAGCCUGCCGCGGAGGUGGUCGAGGAGCAGCCUGUCGCUCAGGCGAUCGAAGACAAGCCAACUGUCGAGGCGCAGCCUGCUGUCGAGGAGAAGCCCGCCGCCGAAGAGAAGCCCACGGCGGAGGACAUCCCCGUCGUCGAGGAAAAGGCUGUUGUCGAAGAUGCGCCUGUGGCCGAGAAGCCUGCCGCCGAGGCGGUCGAAGAUGCGCCCGUCGCCGAAGAGAAGCCUGCCGCUCAGGUGGUCGAUGACAAACCUGCUGUCGAAGAUGCACCUGUCGUCGAAGAGAAGCCUGCCGCUCAGGUGGUCGAUGACAAGCCUGCUGUCGAGGAAACGUCUGUUGAAGAUGCGCCCGUAGUCGAGGAGCAGCCUGCGGCCGACGAGAAGCCCGCGGCUGAAGAAACCCCCGUAAUUGAGGCUGCUGAGGAAAAGCCCGCCGUCGAGGAAGCGCCCCAAGUCGAAGAGACCCCUGCCAGCGAAUCAAAAGAGGCACAGCCAGCGCAACAAGCUACUGAAGACGAGCCCGCGCCCGUUGCAACAGAUGCAAGCGUGCCCGAGCCUGAAACUGAAACCGAAAAGGCAGCGGACUUGCCGGCUCAGAAUGAUGAGGCAGUCCCCGAAAAGGCCGCAGAGUCGAGACCGGUUGACAUCCAAGACGCCCCAGAGAAAGCUGCCGAGGCGCCUGUGCCUGAAAGUGCUGAAACUGAGGUUUCGCAAGACUCAACCAAGGAGGUGCUACCCGAGAGCACAUCCGAGGACAGCCCCGUGGUAGAGAGCUCUACAGCAGCCACCGAGACACCUCAACAGCCUCAGGUGUCUGAAGCUCCAGUCGAUGUCAAGGAUGAGGCGAAGAUCGAGCCUGAACCUCAGAAGACUGUUGUCGAAGAGGAGCCCAAGGAGGAGCCCAAUAUUGAGCCUGCGCCUGUGGACGACAAGCUCGAAGUGGCUGAAAAUGAGCCAACAAAGAUCGAGGACAACACAUCUACGCCAGAGCAGGCUGAUGCCGAGGUCCCCGCUGUGGCAUCUGAGCCCCAGCCUAGCCAGGAAGAAGCGGCCGCUGCAGAGCCAGAAGUCGAGAAGCCGGUAGAGACACAGGCGCCGGUCGUGGCUUCGGAGGACGGAGCGGACAAAGGUGAGGUCCCCCCGACUGUGAUUGACGAUGUCCAUGAUGUGAAGAGCCAUGUUGCUUCAAAUCUUGACGACGAACACCUGCCUGCCGUGGAGGAAAUCAAAAACCGCGAUGUUCCAGCUGGGACCAUCGAUAUUCAGUCCCAGGCCGACGAGACCGAUGCUGGACUUGACGCGGAGAAUGUUCCAGUUACGACUGCGGACGACACAUCAAAUGAUAAUGACUUAAUGACGUCAAAAGACACUACAAACGCGAUACCCAUUCAGACGAGCGACGAAACUCAUGCCGUCGAGGCUUCAGUUCCCGACGAGGAACAACCAGUAACGUCAGAAGCCGGUGGACAUGCUCUUGACACCGCACAAGAGAUAGUCGAAGAGGAGGCUCCGAAGGACGCCGCUCCUGUCUCUGCAGACUCCAGCGACCUCCCAGCUAUUGCAGCUGGUGCCGCCGCAGCUGGAUCACUUUUGGUUGCCGCGUCGGUGGUGGAAGCCAGCAAUCCCAGCCAGAAUGACAUCCAGAGCUCCCAGGACAAGGUUGUCCGGGACAUUUCUGAGGGUAUCCCCAGCGAGCCUUCAGCCCAUGAUCUUCCCCCACGUUCUUCCUCCCCUGCCCCCGAUGCUGCUACGACUGUUGAAUCCUCCAAGUCUCCAUCUGCCGGAUCACAGUACGGCAUUGUCACAUCAGAUCAACAAGAACCGCAAGCCGUUCAAAGCAAUGAAUUGCGCGAGCGUUCUACUGCCAGCGGUGCCGAGUCUUCAGCCAAGUCUUCUAAGCAGGACGUCGUGGUAAAGGACGAGGUUGUGGCCAAGCCAAACGCGGCUUCUACAACACCAGGUAUCCUUGAGUCGCCUGAUGAGCCAGAGCCCGUGAGUGCAGACGACAAUGACCCGGUCGUGGUGCAGGAGGGCGUACUUUUGGGGUCGGGGGCAGGGGAUGAAGAUCGUGAAGAUCGUGAUAGUGAAGCCGUCAUGGGAGAUGCUGACGAAAAGGAGACCGCCAUUCAAUCUGGGCAAGAGGAUGUUGCCGAGCCGGUGACCGAGGACUUAGAUGGGUCCUGCGAGCCGCUGAGUUCAGUGAUCGUCCCAGAACCACUCGAAGAGAGCCAAAACACCCUCUCGAGUGAAAUGCAAUUAGAACCGAGCACCGAAACCGAGCAAGCAGCACAAGGACAUGAUCCUUCUGAGCUCGAGGAAGCACUGGAACAACACACCGAACCAGAAACACCACCACAAGCUGAAGAUGCCACGCUUGAAGAGCCCUCCACAGAUCAAGUCGAGCAGAGUCCGACAGAUGAGACAUCGCUUCCACAACCGGUUCCCGAGAACAUUGGUCCAGACGAAAUGGCGCAAGACCUUUCAUUGACCCCUGACGCUGUCGACGACUCUGAGACUGCGAUCAGUGGUGAAGCACCGCCUAACUUGACUGAGAGCCAUGUCACUGACUCCCUCGUCCCAAUAACCCCUGUCGGACAAUUCGGGGAGGAAUCUCAGCAGGUCGACGAGCCCGCCACCGAAAUCUCGAAUGUGGAACAGCCCAGCGUUGAAAAAGCCAACACUGAAGACGAACAGCCCGCCGUACGAGAGCCCAUUGUCCAAGAGCCCAUUGUCGAAGAGCCUAGUGCCCAGGAAAUGAGCGCUGGGCAGCUCAGUGUCAAAGAACCCAGCAUGGAAGAAUCACCAGCUGAGGAGCCUAGUGCUCACGAGCCCAUCGCUGAGCAUCUCGGCGUUGAAGAUUCCAGCAUUGAACAGCCCGCCGUUGCAGAGCCGAGCACGGAAGAACCCAGCGUUGGACUGGGUAUCGAACCCGGCGUUGAGCAGCCUAGUAUUCAAGAAACCGACGUGGAGCAGCAAGAGGCUCUUGACCAGACACUUCCUUCUGCCAUAGUCAACGAGCCUAGUACAGCACGCUCUAUAGACUCUCCAUCAUCGGAAAACGUCUCGACUAGACAGCAAGAGCAGCUAGACGAUAGUAUGAAGGAGGAUCUGCCACAAGAAUCAGAACCAGGCCCAAUAGAUGGCGCAUCGCCCAUCGAGAAGUCAGUGUUGGACAGCUCCCGCAGCUCAGAAGAACUCAAAGAAGGGGAUGGUGGACCCAGCCCCGAGCAAAUGGACAGCCCUGAACACUUGCAAGCUAUAGAUCAUGCGACUCCAGAGCAGGCAAAUGACUCAGAAAUUUCACCGAGUGGGAUCGAUCUCCAACAAGACGGGCAAGAGGACAUGGUAACUCAGACGGAGCCACCUGACCCGAGCCCCGUCGUGGAGGCUGCUCAGUCUUCCAGCGAUUCUGCCAAUCUUUCACCUGAUCUACCACUCGCUCAAAUCGAAGAGCAACCAGCUGGCCAAUCGUCUGCAGACUCAAACUCGGAUCCAAGCAACGACGCUGAACCUACCAUAGACUCGCCUGUUGCUGGGUCUGGGGAAGCUGGCGAUACGCAGGAUGGUUCCCGCCAAUCUGAGGGCGCCCAAGCCGUUGACGAGACGUCCGUAAGCCAGAAGAUAGACACUCCGGACGAUGUGGGCCCUUCAUCGCUCGACUCUUCGAUGGUUGAGGAAUGGUCACAAAUUGAGCAAGACGUACCCGGACCCUCACUUGAGUCCUCGGACGUCUUGCCUGCAGAUGAGCAGCCCUCCACCAUAGCAGAUUCAUUGGACGGCGGAGACACUCCAGUUCAGGCUAAUUUCGACGAAGUGGGUCAAAGAGUUGAUGACGAUGCCAACGAUGUCGUCGUUGUUCCACCCCAAGCCAGCGAGGAGGAUUCCCCUGAAGGCACCCUACCACAUGCGCCGUCUGAUGGUGACUCUUCAGAGCCACAACCGGAGGCUGUCGUCACUGAUGAGGUCGUUCCGGAUCAAAUCGUGGCGGAUGCCCAAGUCGCAGCAAGUGCGGAGGAAACAAACCACACAGACCUCUCUGCUAGAGCUGUCGAGGACCAGGCUUUGAUAACCGAUCAAGAUCAAGACCAGGCUGAAGGGACAGAAGAUAACCAGGAUGCCACAAGCGACACGGAUCGGGCUCUACACGAGACUGAUGAUUCGGGCAACGAAAAUCCCCCUAAGAAUGACAUUGAAACAUCGUCGAUACCCGAAGACAAGCAUGUGGAUCCCAGUGAACAGCAAGGCCAAGACAUCUCUGCACAGAGCGAUGAGGACACCAAACCGGACAUUUCUUCCGAAGCGGCAGUGGAUCAGCCAGAGGGUGAUUCCGAGGCCGUGACCGAACAAGAUGUGCCCAGCUCAAGCAAUAGCCUAAGCUCUGGACAGACCACACCCAGACUUCCACUUUCAAACGGCGCCGAGGCAAGCUCUCCUGCUGUGGAAGGGCAAGAGGUGCUCGAGGCACCAGCAAUCCAGGCCGAAGAUCACACUGAGCUUGCGACUAUGCCAGACUCUGUCGUCGAGCAACAUGAACCUCAGCAAGACGGUACCGAAACUGCCGGGGAAGAGGCCGCUGAGCCUACAAGUGGUGCUCCCGAUGAUCAGCCAUCUCAAGAUGAAGUUGAUCCGGGUGACACUGUCGCCGCAGAGCCCGCUGCCGCAGAGCCUGCUGCCGAUAAGCCCGCUGCCGAUGAGCCCAUCACUGAUGAGCCUGUUACCAAAGAGCUUAUCACUGAAGAGCCUGUCGCUGAUGAGCCUGUUACCGAAAAGCUUACCACUGAAGAGCUGGUCGCUACAGAGCCUAUUGCUACAGAGCCUGCGGUAGAGGAGCAUAUCAUAGAAGAGCCUGCCGCUGAAGAGGCUAUCGCUAAUCAGCCUGCCGUUACCGAGCCUGAAGAGCCCGGUUCUACAGAGCCCCUUGCUGAGGAAACCGUUGCUGAAGAGCCUGCGGCGGAGGAGCCUGUCCCAGAAGAGUCUGCUGUAGAAGAGUCUCCCGCCGAAGAGGCUCCCGCCGAAGAGGCUCCCGCCGAAGAGGCUAUCGCUGAAGAGCCUGCCGUUACCGAGCCUGUCGCUGAAGGGCCCGAUUCUACAGAUCCUCUUGCUGAAGAGCCUGUCGCUGAACAGGUAGAUUCAGCUUCUGAAGUGCCUCUGUCUGAAACCGCCCCCAAGGUAGUCGAUCUGCAAGAUCAAGUGCCACAAGAGUCGAGCAUAGAACCUGUUGUCACAGAAUCGCUUCCAGAUGGGCCCUCCGAGGAGGCAUUGGUGGAUGGCGAACAACUCGAAACUGCUGAGAUCGCCGCUGCCUCCACUGCCGCCGCUGUCGCCGCAGUUGCCGCUGGAGUCGUUGCUCAUGAACUCAUGUCUGACAAAGACGACAUCGAAGACGACCCAGUAGUUGUAUCUGCGUCCACAGACGAUUUGCAACGGCCGAAAACAGCUGACAAAGCUACUGGUACAUUGGAAGAAUCAGCAGCUGGUCAGGAUGAUUUCGAGGUGCGCUCAAUCUCAUCAGCACCUGACAGCCCGGAGGAGGUUUCGUCACAGCAGCCUUUGGCCGAAUCAUUCACCAUGGUCGACCCGCCAUCAGGCAGUGACCAGAUGCAGGCUACUCUAGACUUGGGCGAGAAACCCGUGCUCCUGAAGCGCGUUGAUUCCUCGACCCAGACCGAUGAACUCUGGCGGCCAAGAACUCCUCUUCCCAGGGUCAGCACUCCCGGCAUAGUCUUGCCAGACCCUAAUGACGAGGAAGCCUCGAAGAGGAGUCGAGCAAGAAGCGCCAGGAGAAUGAGCAGGCAGAGUAUUCAGCAGGCGGAAGAGGUCGUCGCCGCUGCAGUCAUUAUUCGUGCCGCGGCAGACACACUCGGGGAAACCAGCGAUCGGAUGGCAGUUCACGUCAAGGAUUUGAAGCAACAUGGAGAGACAACCGCUCCUUCGAAAUUGCAGGUUGACGGGAGGGGCAAGGAGUCUCCAAAGGUUGAUGACAAGCUUCCUAAAUCCCCACGUUCGAGAGAACACAGGGCCAGUCACUCGUCGCGGUCCAGCCGCCCAAGCACGCGUGAAGAUGGUACCACGAGAUCCUCGCACCAUCGCCACUCUACUCACAAGCAUCGGGCGGACGGCGACCGGGAGUCUGAUCAGGUGCCGCGCACGCCGCCCAGGCACCACGAUACCGGUGACAGCGCACAUGGCAGUCACAGCUCUCGCUCCCGGCGCGAACGCACACCUCAAGAGCAAGCCGAGCACGACAGGCGAAAGGAGGAGCGCCGGCUCGCACGAGAGAAGGAGAGGGCGAAGGCUGACUCGCCAGCCGCCGAGUCCAAGGGCAAGGAGAAGGAGGUCGAAGCACCGCCGUCAGCCGCUCGCUCUCACCGGAGCUCUCGACGCCACAGCUCCACCCGCCACAGCAUGGCAUCGCCCUCCAACACCGCCCGGACUGAGGCGUCUACCGCUGCGCCGAGCAAGAAGUUCUUCGACAUGAAGAACGGCCGGAGCGAGAUGGGUUCCAGCUUCGGUGGCCCCCUCACGGCAGACACCGCUUCCACCUCUACGAAGGACAAGGACACCAUCUCGUCCUCCCGUCGCUCCAAGGAUGUCACCCGCCCGCCACCGGUCGAGCUCAAGCGCUCCAGCACCACGCGCUCCAGCAAGGCCGUCCGGCGCUCGCUCGACCAGUCCAACGCGAAGUUGCAGAAGGCCCGUGAACAGGAGUCUACGAAGGCUGCUAAGGAGAGCCAGCCACGCCGCGAUGAGAGCAGCUCUCCUGCCCCCGUGGAGGGAAAGAAGUCGAAGGACGAUGACAAGCACCGCAAAUCGAGGCUGGAGAAGCGCGAGAAGGAGGACAAGGACGAGAAGAAGAAGAGCUCUGGCGGUCUGAAGGGCAUGUUCAAGAGGCUGUUCUCGAACUAGAUGGGUGAUCAGCUUCUUCUAAUGGGGGAAUCUAGGUGGUUUCAAGUGGUUUUCGGAGGAUUCAGAUGUGUUCGUUCGUUUCUCAGCAUGUCUUCUAAUUGUUGGUCUCCCAUGAGGGUGGGCUAUCUCGACUGGAUGAUAAGAAGAUUUUGGUGGACUAUGUACGAUUUUGAUGAAAUGAUGACUGCCCUCAGGUAUUUGGACAGAUUGAAAAAAGGGGGGCUGCAAAAGCUGACUUUUCGGAGUCUAGAAGGAAAUGAAGUGGCGUCAAGCUACUUGGGACUGUACUGAAUUUCACAUCUCACUUCAAUUCUCACUGCGCGUUGCACCUACUUAAGUACUCGUGGGCUGUCUUCAGACAGACAUUUUGAUUAUAUAUGUAAACACAGCCUUUGCUUAAG